AUGUAUUUCAGUUUCUUAAACCGGGAAAAUGUGGUUUUCGAGUUGAUUUUCCUACAGCAUUUCCGAUCUCUUACGGUGUAUACUGAAACAGUAGAUUUCUAUCUAUCUAUCUAUCUAUCUAUCUAUCUAUCUAUCUAUCUAUCUAUGUCAGUCUGUUCAUAUCUAUCUAUCUAUCCUCUCCUUUUCUUCUUUUCUUUCUUUUCUUUUUCUGCCUCGUUAAAUGGUGCCACAUCAGUCUAUUCAUAUCUAUCUAUCUCAAUCUACCUACCUACCUAUGUCAUAUUUUCUUCUAUCUAUCUAUCUAUCUAUCUAUCUGAUUCUGUUCAUUAUCUAUCUAUCUAUCUAUCUAUCUAUCUAUCUAUCUAUCUAUCUAUCUCUCUCUAUAUAUAUAUAUCUACCUACUUACCUAUGUCAUAUUUUCUUCUAUCUAUCUAUCUAUCUAUCUAUCUAUCUAUCUAUCUUCGCCUAUUCAUUAUCUAUCUAUCAAUGAAGUUGACGAAUUCUUAUUAA